UUUGUUAAGCAACGUACAAAUUUGAAUUGAUUUGUUAUCUUUAAAUAGACUAAAUAAAAUGGCUUCAAAAGAGCUUGAUAACAAACAAAAUAGUACAGACGAAGAUGAAGAUGAAAAUGAAAGUUUCGUUGGCAUGAAAAAAAAGACAGGUAAAAAAUCUGGUGGUUUUCAAAGUAUGGGUCUCAGUCACCAAGUCUUGAAAGGGAUAUUAAAACGUGGAUACAAAAUACCUACGCCUAUUCAGAGGAAGACCAUUCCACUAGCUCUUGAAGGGAGAGAUGUUGUUGCUAUGGCUCGAACUGGUAGUGGUAAAACAGCCUGUUUUCUCAUACCACUAUUUGAAAAAUUGAAGGCAAGACAAUCCAAAUCUGGAGUUCGUGGUUUGAUACUUACUCCAACAAGAGAAUUAGCACUUCAAACUCUGAGGUUUAUCAAAGAAUUGGGUAGAUUCACAGGCUUAAAAGCAUCCAUAAUCUUAGGUGGUGACAGUAUGGAUAAUCAGUUUACGGCUAUCCAUGGUAAUCCAGAUAUUAUAGUUGCUACACCAGGAAGAUUUCUUCACAUCUGUGUUGAAAUGGAUUUGAAUCUUAAAAGUAUAGAAAUAGUGAUUUAUGACGAGGCUGAUAGGUUGUUUGAGAUGGGUUUUGGUGAACAAAUAAAUGAAAUAGCAAAUAGGCUACCAAGUUGUAGAUCUUCUCUCCUAUUCUCCGCUACUUUACCAAAGGUGUUAGUAGAAUUUGCUAAAGCAGGACUUUCAAAUCCAGUUUUGUUGCGGCUUGAUGUUGAGAGUAAGUUACCUGAAGAAUUGAAACUCUGUUUCAUAACUUGUAGACCCGAAGAGAAAUUAGCUGUGCUAAUGUGUUUAUUAAAGCGAAUCAUAAAACCUGAAUCUCAGACUGUGAUAUUUGCUGCCACAAUGCAUCAUGUUGAAUAUAUUCAUAUGAUAUUAGACAAAGCUGGGUUAACAAAUACAUUUAUUUAUUCAAAUUUGGAUCCAUCAGCUCGUAAAAUAAAUGCGGCUAAAUUUCAAAAUGGAAAAGUUAAAGUUCUCGUUGUAACAGACGUUGCAGCUAGAGGAAUCGACAUACCGUAUUUAGAUAACGUUAUUAACUUUAACUUCCCUGCCAAAAGUAAAUUAUUUGUUCAUAGAGUCGGAAGGUGCGCUCGUGCCGGUAGAAGUGGUACUGCAUAUAACAUAAUUGCUCCUGAUGAAUAUCCUUAUCUUUUAGAUUUGCAUUUAUUCCUUGGUCGAUCUUUUGAAACUGUUCCAAUAUCUGAUACCGAAGAAAUUUCAGAAGAAGCAGUAGGAAAAAUGCCUCAGUCAAUGAUUGAAGAGGAACUGUCAGAUUUAAUUAUGUAUCAUGAAUAUACUGAUAUUGCAAAUAUGCAAAACGUAUGCAACAAUGCGUAUCAACAAUAUUUACGUUCCAGACCUCAGGCGUCUACUGAAAGUAAUAAGAGAGUAAAGGAGUUAGAUAUUUCUGUAUCAGGAAUAUUACCAGAAUUUCGAGAAUUCAAUGACUCGGCUACUGAAUUGAUUACAAAAAUGAAAAAUUAUAGGCCAAAAGGGACUGUUUUUGAAAUCGUUGCAAAACCUUCAUCUGUAGAUUACAAAGUAAUGAAAGAAAAAAGAGCACUCCACAAAGAAAAUAUUUUCAAUCACCAUAGAAAACUUGAAGACAGGUUGAGUAAAAUAGCAGAAAAUAAAUCAGAAAAAUCGAAACUUGCGUCGAGUAGUACAGCCGAAAUUAAUGAUGUCUUCAGUGAAGUCAUUACUCCAAAGAAAAGAAAAAUUGACGAUUUAUAUAGAAACGAAAAGAGAAAGAAACAGAAGAUUCUAAAAGAUGAUGAAUUUUUUAUUCCUUACGCAGCACCCGAUCAGCAUACUGAGGAAGGAUUGGCUGUAAAUAGUUUUGCAUCAGAAGCAGAAAAAGCUCAUCUUGAGUUUACUGCCGACAAUGAAGAGUCAAGAAGACUACAAAUUCAAAUCAAAAAAUGGGACCGCAAGAAAAAGAAGAUGAUUACAAUCAACAACAAUUCGAAAGCUGGUAAAAUCCGAACAGAGUCAGGCCAUUGGAUUCCAGCGACAUAUAAGACCAAACGAUACGCCCAGUGGAAAGAGAAGAACAAAGUUGAAGCAAGAUACGAUGACGAUGAUGAAGAAGUAUCGCCACAAAUGCAGAAAUUGCAAACGUUGGGUAACAAACGCUGGGCAAGACACAACGAGAAGCUGAAGAAGAAAUUAGAAGCGAAGAGCGAACUGAGGACACCCGAGCAGAUCCUCAAAUCCCGAGAAGUCCUCGAGAGGAAGAAGCGUAGGAACGGUCGCAAGAAGGGUGGCCGCAAAGGAGGCGGUGACAGUGGUGGUGGUGGACGUGGUAAAGGUCAUAAAAAAGGCAGGCGUUAAUUCGAUAUUGUAAUUUCAGUACAUUACACUAUGAAGGUGUACAGUUGGCAAAGUACGCACCGGGUGAUGUUGCCAACCGAGCGAAGCGAGGUCGGUAUUUCACACAGUGCGUAUUUGCACCCACAGCAGGCGACACAGAACCGUGUUAACUAUUUGAAAGUAUUUAGAUUUAUAAUUUUAGUUAGUAAUCUUAAUUAGUAAUGUUCUAAUUUACUAUUACGCCUAACGGCUCGAGGGGUAAAACAGCGCAUCGCAUGUACACGAGGCAUUUUACUCUCAGACUAUCCAUACGAUUUUGUACUCCCUGCAAGGAUGGUGUACAGUCACCAGUUUACUCGUAGUGCUUGGAAAAAACUAACUGAUAAGAAUGAUUCUAUUGUUGAUUAAUUGCUUGUUACGAAUAAACAAAAAUAGAGAACAAACGCGACAAUAAUCUGAUUAUUCAUUUUCCGAUGACUUUCUUAAAGUCCUCAAGGACGCGCUUUUCGAAUUACGCAAUAGCUGUAGCGCAAGUUUGUUGUGCAGUGCGCUCACUCGAUGCGUCGAGGAGCGUGCUAUGCACAGCGUGGUACACCUAUCCGCUACAUUAGAGGAGUGCACCUGCACGCAGCUAUAACGCUUAUUAUUUAGUAUCUUAUACCAGUCAAUUCACAUUCUUUUUCCUUUCUUAUUCAACUUCUCCGAUGCUACUGAUUAUUGUGAUUCUUUUGUAUUGCUUGACUUGAACGUCUAAUUUUGUUUUUGCGUCGUUUCAAUCUUUGACGAUUAGUAUGUUUUCUUCAUAUUAUCCCACGUUUUUCAAAGUGCAAAAUUACUUUUUUACUGUUUCAAAGUCAAGCGUAAAGCUUAUUAAGAAAGUAUAUUGGAGAAACUCAUAUUAUCGCACGACGUUUGUUAAUUU